CGUAAAAACCCUUCAGACGGUACGUGUAUAUUAUCAGAUUUUAUGUGGUUCUGAGUAGGCUAUCCGUGUGGUUGGUGAUUUAAACGAAAUAUAAAACGAUGGAGAAAUCAUGACGCAUUUGAAUCAUCAAACAAACGGCGCAAGUUUGGAGGACUGCCACACGAAUUUCUUUGCACUGACGGAGCUAUGCGGCAUAAAAUGGCGUAAGCUGACAUGGGGCGAGUGCGGCUUCAGCAGCGCGGAGCCGCUGGAGGACCCGGUGCUGGCGAGCUACGCGCGUUGCCUGUCGCACGACAUCCUGUGCGUGUGGCGGCGCGUGGUGGCGCCGGCCGGCGGCCAGGGCGGCGGCGGAGGCGGCGGCGGGGGCGGCGCGACCCAUCAGCACCACGGCCACCACGCGGCCCAGGGCGCGCCGCACCACCAGCACUUCGACGGUCUGGGACUGCCGCCUCAUGCGCAUGCCCCGCCCUCCACGCACCCGCCGCUUUCGCUGCACGCCGCCAAGGAGCUCUGGAUCUUCUGGUACGGCGAGGAGCCCGACCUCUCCAAUCUGGUUGCGCCCGAGCUCAUCGCCGCCGAAGGGGAGCAGGGCUCGUGGGAGAGUGGUCUGUCCUAUGAGUGUCGCUCACUACUCUUCAAGGCACUGCAUAAUCUAAUAGAGAGGUGCCUGUUAUCGCGCGAUUUUGUUCGUCUUGGCAAGUGGUUUAUACAGCCUUAUGAAGGCUCAGAAAAGAUGAUAGGUGCCAGCACACACUUCUCUUUCUCCUUCGCAUUUUUUGUCCACGGUGAGAGCACCGUGUGUGCAAGUAUUGACGUUCGCACUCAUCCGUUAGUUCGCAGUUUAUCUUGGCAACAUCUUCAGCAGGCACAGGCUUCUUCAUCAGGUAUUCCAGUGAUUCUUGCUCCAUAUGGUAUGGCUGGUACCCUAACUGGCCAGGUUUACAAGAGCACCGACGUGCAAGUCCAGCGACACUUAGAAGACUGGCGGCAGUUUUUUCCCCUUGGGCCAAAGUGCUCAAGUCGUGACGGAGGAGGUGAAGAGUCUGCACUUCCCCCUGCAGUAGAGGUACUAGUGGGUGGCACAAAAAUGCGCUAUCCUAGGUGCUAUGUGCUUGUCACGGACAUGGAUGAUCCAUCUGCGGCUCCAAAUCGAGCAACGUUGGGACUGUCUCCUGCGGCAGCUGCAGAUGCAGUUCUCCGUUCCGUCAGCCUUCCAGCGACCACUGCACCUGCAGACACUUCCACCCCACCUCCGCCACCUUCACAUCAGAGUCCUGGUCCAGCAGCAUGCCUGACUGAGAAUGUGUGGCAGGACAAUGCUUUGAAUCCCACACAGCAUGAACAACAUGAGCAGGCAUCGCCCGCAACAGGCCUCUGGGAGUUUGCAGACCCUACCAGGAAAGCUCCCUGCAAUUGUUCUAAGUAUAAGAAAGCUUCUGGUGCUAAACAAAUAGCCCUGAUCAAGGGUGGAGCUAAUUCUAGCGGGGGUAUGAAAACUCUGAAGGGUGAAAAAAAUGAGAAGGGUGUCCGUGGGUGCGGGCGGGGUGGUGUGACACCUUUCCAUCGACGCCCACCCCUCGGCGAGGAGGCGCCUUGUCCUCUUGAAGUAGCUGUGCCCCUUUCGAGGUUGGCUGGUUCCGGAACUCCUUCAGGUGGCCCACCUUCCUAUCCACGGGGUCAGUCGAUGACUCCAAACCCGCUGCCCAACUUGCACAGUGGUGGAGGUCUUAACGAUUCUCUGCCUGUGCCGUCAGUUGGAUCUCCUGCAUCAGCUGCUCCGUCCCCUCUUCCAAAUCCGCAUUCUCAGCCAGCUUCUGUGCCCCCUGCUGAUCCCACAAUGCCUACACUGAGUCCACAUCCACCAACAUCAACUGGCGGUCAGCCUCAGCCAGCAACACCUCUCGAAUCUCAGGACAAGAUAACACCGGCAGCCACACCUUCGGACCUCAAUGGUCCAAAAUCUGUUUCUUCUGUUUCUAAUCAGGUGUUUUCACCAUAUCCCACUACAUCAAGUGUUGAACCUGCAACAAAAGCUGUUGAUAGUGUGGGAGGCUCGCAAGGCCCUGCAAGUGCCCACUCCACAGCACCCUCACAUCCAACAACUACAAUGCAGGAAGUUCCACUUCUCAAGCGACCCAUCCUUACUUCAAAGGAAUAUGAAAAUAUACUUAUGGAAGAAGAACAGCCUCUGAAGUUGUUGUAUGAUUACUCUGCUAUUGAUGCUUGGUUGAACCAUCCUGUGAAGCGAUUUAAGCCAUGUGAAUCGAAGUCAGGUGAUCCCAGCAGGCAUUCAGCUUAUACUCGCCGGAUGAGUCCCAGUGACCUCUACUCCUCGCAUCAGCAUGCAGCGUCACCACCUAAUGGCAUGUCCCAGCCAUUUAUGAGACAAGAGAUUAAGCAGGAACCUGGCUGUGGCAUGAUGAUGGAGGUUGAGAGUGUUCAGUUAAGUAAAAGGUCUGAUCCGUACGAAUUUGAUGAUGAUAUGGCUGCCCCUUCUGUCAGUAUGGAAGGGUUUAAACGAACUAAUUCAUUAAAAGAAGAAGACAGGAAAAGUGGCAAUUCCAUUGGUCCUUUCGAUCCUGUCAAUGCCAAUGGGCCUACAAAUAAAGUCCCAAAUAGCCUGUUUACAAAUGAAGGUCUUCAACCCUCAUACAGGGACCUGGACCAGAUAUUUGACAAUGAUGAUGAAGCCUCCUGUGAUGAAGCGUUGCAGGUGCAGACUCCUCCAGGAUCAAACAAGCCUGCAGGUCUGUCAGAUGAUACAGCAUCUACCAGUUUGCUGGUUAAACCCCCAAGAGGAAGUGGAGGCAAUACAUCAUUGAACAGCUGUGGAGGAUCUGGAAUUCUUCGUCCUGAAGAACUGUCUAAAAUGUUUCCCACACCUCCGUCAAUGGAGCACAACCCUAUUGCUUCACCUUGUGGUCAUUUAUCAGAUGGUGCUCUUGGUGAAUUAACUGAAAGCCUUUCAGUUACGUGUAGUACCAGGUUCAAACAAGAAAUUUAUCCUAAUAUGGGCAGUCCACAAGAGGAAAAUAUUGAGGACUGGUCUUACGUUUUUCGGCCUCCAACAAUUUAUAGAUUUGUUGGUUCAUCAAAAUAUGCACCUCUGACAAACUUACCAAGCCAGAGUUUACCCCCUGUGAAUUUACCAACGAACUGUGUCUACAAACCGUCGUGGCAAUAUCCUCCUGUACAGCAGGUCAGUGAGAAGUCAGCAUCAUCGAGUCAUUCAAAUAACAUCCCGGUUUCCUCAAAUGCUGGUACAAAUUCUAGACCUAACUCAGUUUCUAGCAAUCCGCAUACAACUCAGGUAUCCCACCCCCAUCAUCCACAUCCUCACCACACCCAGCUUCCGCACCCGAGAGCGAUAUCUCCAGCUGGCCCCUUCCCUCCGAGCCCAAUGACUCUUGUUGCCAUGAGCAGUGGAGGGCUUCCUGUUCAUAUGCAGUCACAGUUCCGUGGAGGUGGUGUCAGGACUCCUUGCCCUCCUCCACCACCUUAUGAACUUCCCAGUCCGGCUACUUCCACUGCAUCUUCCUACCUCAAUAAAAAUUUGAAUUCUGUUGAGCCAGUUCCCACACCCAUUAUGGCCCGUGCCCCUGAAGCCAAUUCGCUUGUUGUCAAUAUAUUACUCAGUGAUACUGCACUCAAUAUAUUUAGAGAUCACAACUUUGACAGUUGUACACUUUGUGUGUGUAAUGCUGGUCUCAAAGUAGUAGGGAACAUCCGUGGUGCUGAUGCGGGGAUCUAUCUGCCAGAUCCACCUUCUCAGCCACCUGCUACUUCUUUACCAUAUCCUCCUACAUCUCCCUUCUUGUCAGUGGGAAGUAUAGGAAUGGGUGGACCACCUCCACCUUAUGGAAUGAUGGGUUCAUCUCCAGGACAUCACGGUGGAACGUCUGUCAUGAAUGGAGCUGCUGAAGAGGAUCCUAUUCGCUGUAGUUGUGGUUUUAGUGCCGUUGUGAACAGAAGGCUUUCUCACCGUUCUGGUCUGUUCUAUGAAGACGAACAGGAAAUUACAGGAAUCGCUGAAGACCCGAGUGAACGUCGGAAGGGCUCAAUUAUGGCCUACUUGCUUUCUAGUAGUGAAAAAUCAGGUACAGAAAAUGGUGGUGCUAGUGAUUUAGUGGACCAGGUACCGCAGAAUGUUAUAGAACUCGUAAGGGAACAGUGUGUUAUCGUCCAGAGUUCCAGUAACUCACUUUAUCGUGCGUCGAAGCAGUUCCGUGGAAGUUCAGGCCCUGCCGUCCCAUAUGGUACGACAGUGAAUGUGCUAGAAUUUACGGACAGCAAUGAAGUGACUUGCAUGGCACUAGAACAGGGGAGGCAAGCGCUAUUGGAAAGUACAACUGUAGCAAUGUGUAAGGUUGAGGAAAUGCAGCAAAGGCAGCAGAUGAUGCAGAACAGUGGAAAAGGGGCUAAUGUACCUUGUGUACAUCGGUGGCCAUAUUUGCGUGCAAUGGGACCACAGUGUAAUCAGGACAUAGUGAGGGUGAUGAAAACUCUGCAACCUCUGCUUCAAGAAGCUAUCCAGAAGAAAUGCACGACAAGAUUGUGGGAAGCACCAUACACAGUGUCUGGGCCACUCACAUGGAGAAAAUUUCAUCGCCUAGCAGGAAGAGGUACAAAUGACCGUUGUGAACCACAACCUAUUCCAUCGCUCAUGGUUGGUUAUGACAAAGAUUGGCUUUCGCUGUCACCUUAUGCCAUUCAGUACUGGGAGAAAUUAUUACUGGAACCAUAUUCAUAUGCUAGAGAUAUAGCAUUUGUUGUUGUUGCACCAGACAAUGACUUCGUCCUGCAGAAAGUACGAACAUUCUUUAAGGAGCUCAGUGCAACUUAUGAGGUAUGCAGACUUGGUAGACACUGCCCUAUUACAAAACACUGGAAGGAUGGUAUCCUCCGUGUUGGGAAGAAUACAGCUCAUACUAUGAAGGAACCCGUUGACGAGUGGUUUUCUUUACUUGGUGAUACUUCCACAACCAACAUGCUCAAACUGUAUGCUCAGGUGUGCCGUCAUCAUUUAGUUAACCUUUUCACGCAAGUACCUCUUGAUAAGACAUUGCUGGAUCCACCAGAAAACGCUCAGUUAUCUCGCUCUUGUGUGGAGAGGCCUAUGCCUUCCCCUAUGCCGCCUCCAUCAACUCCAGAGAACAAUCAAGGGCAAAUUCCAGAUAAAGCUCCAUCCACUCCAAAAUCUGACCAUGAUAGUGACACAGGAUCUGGUGCUCGUGAUCCAUUGUUAUCUGGUGGUUCAGUGGGUGGUUCUGGUGAUUGCAGUCAUGAUGAUGAUGAUUCAGAUCCCCCAGCAAUAGUUGUGUACAUUGUCGAUCCUUUCACCAUUGGAAGAGACAGUCCAGACCUUCAGCGCCUCUCCUGCCUGGGCUUAUUAAGAUGCUUCAUUGCUGUGCAAAGCAAUGUGCCAGAGAAUAUGCGCAAUAAUAUAACUGUGCAGAUAAUAUCUCUAGAAAGCAUAGUGGAACUUGGGAAGAUGGGUGAUCACAUCAAACACAAUGAUCAAAUGAGAGCGCAGGCGUUCUCAGUAUUUUCUCAAUGCCGACGUCUGCUUACACAUACAUCAAAUAUAAAGUCAUUAACUGGUUUUGGCACAGCAGCUAUGGCUGAUCUAUUCUUGAAGAAAAAAGAUGAAAAGAACAGAGCUCCCUAUCGUCUCUACACACCACCCUAUGUUCUUGCACCAGUUAAGGAGAAAGCAGAAUCAAAUGAAUCAUUUGGCCAGUCUAGUGGAGAACAGUGUUCCGUGUUGUAUGUGAGUUAUUGUCUGUCUGAAGACCAACGCUGGUUGCUUACUGCAGCCACAGAUGAGCGUGGUGAAAUUUAUGAAACUUCAGUUAUAAACAUUGAUAUUCCAAAUAGAAGUCGAAGAAGAAAGGCAUCUGCAAGGCGUGUAGGGCUUCAGAAACUAAUGGACUUCAUUUUGAGUGUAAUGUCACAAAGUGUACAGUCGUGGCGGUUAGUGGUGGGUCGCAUUGGCCGAAUAGGGCAUGGAGAACUUAAAGGUUGGAGCUGGUUGCUUAGUCGGAAAUCACUGCUGAAAGCAUCGAAACAUCUCAAAGAGAUAUGCAAUCAGUGUAGUUUAAUGUAUCCAAACAAUGUUCCUUGUGUGUUAAGUGCUUGUCUGGUCUCUUUAGAGCCUGACUCUGCUCUUAGGCUUAUGCCAGAUCAAUUCACUCCUGAUGAACGCUUCAGCCAAGCAUCAGUCAAUUGCCAGCUUUCUACUCCACAGGAUGUUUCUUGCACUCAUAUUCUCGUUUUUCCCACAUCAGCCACCACCCAGUCAUCGCAGACAGCAUUCCAAGAGCAGCACAUCAAUGGUCCCGAUCUAGGAGACGAUGAGCUCUUCUCUGCCCUCAAUGAUGACAUGCCAGAGGGUAUAGAGGAAAUGCAAGAUUUUAACGACAUAUUCACAUGGCCAGAGACAGGUCCUGGUGGUGUUCAGUCUCCCACAGGUAGCCCCCACAGAGAUUCUCCAUCACAGCCUGGCAGCCCAUCCUGUGGUAUGGGAGGAACAUCAGACCAGCACAGUCCUUUCCCGUGCAAUGCAUCAUCAAGGGGUGGAGCGAAUAUGGGAAUAGAUACUCAAGAAGAAGUGGGUACAUUACACCAACAGCCUCUCGCAUUGGGAUACUUUGUAUCAACAGCUCCAACUGGUAGGAUGCCUCGGUGGUUUUGGGCAUCUUGUCCCCAUUUAGAAAAUGUUUGUCCUGCAUUCCUAAAGAAUGCUCUUCAUUUGCACAGUCCUGCCAUUCAACAGAAUUCUGAUGAUAUCUUGCAGCAGCAAUCAGCUGUAACAGUGCAUCCACUGGAUUCCCAAUAUACAACAGAUGUCCUUAGGUACGUCUUGGAAGGAUACAAUGCUCUCUCCUGGCUUGCCUUGGAUUCAAAUACACGUGACCGUCUUUCCUGUUUACCCGUGCAUAUUCAAGCUUUGAUGCAACUGUAUCACACGACAUCGGCCCUUGUCUGACCUACGUGGCGGCAAUGAUAAUUUUAGGCAAUAUUAAUUUAGUAUCGACUCUGAGAAAAAGUUCUACAGAUCAAGAAUUUAAUGCAAUAGUGUUGUAUAGUGUGUUCGUAAAUCAGUGGGCUCUAGAGUCCUUACUAUGUUGCCACAGCGACAAUUGUGGUUCCGAUGGUAAGGGGUUGCACCUUAUUAGCAUUUUGUUAUUUGUUGGCAACAGUGGUUCAUGUGGUUGUGUUUUAUUACUUAACGAGAUUAUGUAGGUAACAGAAUGUUGGAUUUGAAUAGUGUAUCAGCAAUAACCUACUUCACUACAGUGAUCAGAAGUUUUAGGUUCAUGCUUUAAAGACUUGCGUUUUUGUCAUGUAACAUACAUGCUGCUUGUGGAAAAAUGACAAUCAGUUAAGCAUGUGUACCCGAGUGAAAAGUUUAUUGUUACCGCAAGAAUGAUAUCGGUGAAGUAGCCAAAGAUUCAGCUAUAGCUUUCUAUGCCACUUUUAUAAUUUGUAAUGAAAAAAUUGAAAAACAAGAGGAUGAUUAAAACAAUCCACAUGCUGUGAAAGCUACCAAAGUCAUGUUAUACAUACGUCAAGAUUCAUUUUUUAUAUAUUUACAAAGUGAUAAUUAUUGUGUACUAUAUAAAUAUUGUUCGGAAAAUUAACCACAGCAUAAAAUAGUUUCUUUGCUCAUUUUUAUUAUUUAUUCAUAAAAGUACAUAUGUGCAGUUAAUAGGAUUAAUAACUCUUGAUAUCUGAAGCAGGGGGCCAAGUCAAUUUUCUGUGGACUUAACAAUUCUACUCCAAAGUGCUACCAGGCUGCCAAUUUUAAGAUGCGUUGUAAGAUUAUUUUAAAACAUUUUCAUUGACUGUUGUGAUUUAUAAAGAAGUAUAUUGUGAUGAAACUUGAAGAUAAAUGAAACGACAUUUAUUUGUAGACUAUUUAUGUGGAAUCAAAUGUGUGAAGAAAUCGGAAAACAGAUGAUGAUUCGUGAUCCUUGUGUUCUUUCUGGCUCCAACAUCAACUAGACUCAUCAGUGAUACUCAUUAGCAUUUGUAGCUGUUAUCAAAAAAUUGUGUUAAAAAAGAAAAAAUAAGCCUACUGAUAGUAGGACCAUAAUAAACAGGGAGAGCAGGCUUAAGUUUUUUAUAAUUUAAGGUAAAGGGACAUGUAUCAUAAAUGCUAUAUAAAUAUAUCUAUAUCUUUAUAUAAAUAUAAAUUGAUUAUAUAUAUAUAUAUAUACUUAUAUAUAUAUAUGAAAAUUGAAAUAGUACAAACUAUUGCUCUAGAAAGGGCAUCACGUAGUUGACCUCUCGGGGUGUGCCUGUGUACAAAGGACAGUGUAAUUGUGUGAAUAUAUAUACAUAUAUAUUUGUUUUGAUUUGAAAGAGUGUACAUUUUGUACAGGUAAUGUCUUCUAGUUCUGAAACCGUGUAAUAUUGUUAAUAUCAUAUGAGGUUGGCUGUAGAACAAUUAAAUUUUUAAGUCAUCGGGCAUUUUUUAAGUCACAUUUGUGUAUUUUAACGUUUUUAAAGAAAAAGACUGUAAUUGAGCACAGGCUAAGUUUACUUGUGCUGCUGUUGACACUGUCAUGUUAUCUGUCUCUUUCUGUUAUUUUCUCCCCCCCCCCCCCCUCCCGCUCUCUCUCUCUCUCUCUCUCUCUCUCUCUCUCUCUCUCUCUCUCUCUGUCUUUUUCUUCUUCCCAAGUACAACUACAGGUUUAUUGCACUAUUUCAUCAUAAAUUUCAGAUGAAUUGUAAUAAGUUUUGUGAAAAGGCCAGCUAUUGUGAUUUGCAGUAAAUUAUUUAUUUUGUAUAUAGGCAUACAAAUGCAAGAUCAAAUAGUUGGUCUCUUCAUUCCCGUUUAGUGUAACUUUGAGGUAACAGUGACCAGGAAUCAUUGUAUCAUUAUAAUACAAAAACGGGAAUAAUUGGAUUUGUUAUGUAUACAUUUUAUGAGGAGCAUAUGUCACCUAAGGUGAUAAUACUCCUUUUGUUAUAAAUGAAUAUAUAUGGAUUCUUUUACAGUUGACCCUUUGUGGUGAAAAAUGUAUAUAGUCUUUUUUUUUUUUUUUUUUUUUACCAACUGGCAUGUUUUAAAAGUGAACAGCCGUCUCAACUGUAUUUGUCAUGUCUUUUGUGUAAAGAAGUCAUUGCAGGGAUGUAACAGGUAUUAGGAACUUUUGUGUAGCCCUGAAUUUCAGUCUUGUUGAAUAUUUUCUGAAGUCUCAUGCAAAUGUGUACCAUGCAGAAACUGUUACAAAAUUGCUGUAAAGGCUUAAGGUUCUUGUUGAGUUUUUCAUAUUGAAUUGAUACAUGCCUAAAACAUUCUAAAAUAUUUCAGAAUCCAAAACAUCAAAAUUUUAUACAUGUUAUUGAAAGAAAAAAAAACUGAGAUUCAGUUCAUACUAAAGACAGAUUUUGGUA